AUGGCACCCCGCGCCCUCUACACAGCAACCCGCUCCCUGCGCGCUCCCACCCCCAUCUCCACCUCGCGCACACCUUUCACCACCUCUUUCACCACUUUCACCGCUUUCACAACGCGCCGUACCUUCAAGACAACACCCUCCCUGCGCAUCAAAGAAGACGCAGCGCGCACCCCCGAACAAGUUGGUGAUCAUGAGGAGCAUAUGAAGGAGUUGCAGCGGGAGGGGAAGGAGAAGGGGGAGAAGGGGGAGAUGUAG